AUGAAAUGCCCAUUGAAUUUCAUCAUAGAUCAGGAGGGGUUCAAGAGUUAUUAUCAGUUGGGAGACUUCCAUAUUGGUGGGAUUCUCCCUGCGACUCCUGUCAUGUUCUACCCAUUUGUGUUCCGCCAAUCUCCUUCCACCAAACUUGCAAACAAAGGGGAAAUAUUGUACUGGAACAUCCUGUCCUUUAUUUUUACUGUUUAUGAGAUCAACCAUAACCCUCAACUAUUGGCCAACUUUACCCUGGGUUACAAUUUAUUGGACAAUUAUUUUGAUGCGAGGAGUACUUCUGAAGUCAUGGCAGACCUGCUCUCAACUGGACAGGCCAAUAUUCCAAACUACCACUGUGGGAAGCAGAACAGUUUGCUGGCAAUCAUCGAAGGCACUCAUUCUGAUACUUCUAAGCAGAUUUCAACCAUGUCAGAAAUCUACAAAAUCCCACAGGUCAGCUAUGGUUUUGUUUCUCAGACUUUGAAUGAGAAAAAUCAGUUCCCGUUCAUGUACCGGAUGGUCCCCAAAGAAGAACAUUUCUACCAAGGGAUUGCCAGGAUGCUCCUGCAUUUCAGAUGGAAUUGGAUUGGUCUCAUUACUCCAGACUCUGAAAAUGGAGAGAGAUUCAUCAGGACCUUUGUCCCAGUGCUCGUUCAGAAUGCAAUUUGUGCAGUUUUCAUAUACCGCUCCCCCGUUUUAACCAAAGAAAGAAUAAGCUUUGAAUUUGAAGUAUUUCGUCUCUGGAACAAUGUCAGUGUGCUGAUUUAUUAUGGGGAAUAUCGUUUUUUCUAUGGCACAAUAUGGCUUAUGCAAGCUAUAAUUGAAAAAUUCAUCAAGCCCAUUGUGGAUGGCGUGUAUUUGGAUGAAAAGAGGGAACUGGUUGCUGCGUAUGACAUCAUGAAAUGGAUAGUGUUUCCCAACCAGUCCCUUGGAGCAGUCAAGUUUGGCAAGAUAGACAGACAAAGGGGAUUCAAUGAGAUGAAAUUCACUCUUUACCAGAAUGUCAGAAUCUGGACCAAACGGUUUAACCAGGUCCUUCCUCAGUCCAGGUGUACUAAAAGCUGUCACCCUGGACAGGCCAAGGUGGUUUUGGAAGGAAAGGUCCCUUGCUGCUAUGCUUGCUCUUUGUGUGCAGAUGGAACCAUCUCCACUCAGGAAGAAGACAUAGAAUUGAUGCCAGUGAUUCUAAAACCAUUCAUCAACUUCUUAGAUGCAAGUGAUUGCCACAGAUGUCCAGAAGAUCAGCAUCCAAACAAAGGUCAAUAUCAAUGUGUCCCUAAGAUUAUAACUUUCCUGUCGUAUGAAAAAUAUUUGGGCAUCAUCCUCGCUUCCUUGGCUUUAUUCUUAUCACUAAUCACCAGCUUUGUGUUAGGAAUCUUCAUUAAAUUUCUACAAACUCCAAUCGUUAAGGCAAAUAACCGGGACCUCUCCUAUAUCCUCCUCAUCGCCCUCCUGCUUUCCUUUUUGACCUCCUUCCUGUUCAUUGGCCAACCAAAGAAAGUUACCUGCCUUCUCCAACAAACCACAUUUAGCAUUAUCUUCACAGUUGCUGUUUCUUCAGUUUUGGCCAAAACAUUAAUGGUGGUACUGGCCUUCCUGGCCACAAAACCAGGAAACAAAAUCCAGAGAUGGUUGGGAAAGAGUUUGGCCAACUCUAUUGUUUUUUCUUGCUCUGGUCUCCAAGCUCUCAUCUGUAUUAUCUGGUUGGCGGUUUCUCCUCCAUUUCCUGAUUCUGACAUGCACUCGCAGCCUGAACAGAUUGUCCUGAAGUGCAAUGAAGGCUCUGUCAUCAUGUUUUACAGUGCCCUUGCUUACAUGGGCUUCCUGGCUGCCAUCUGCUUCACAGUGGCUUUUCUAGCCAGGAAGCUGCCUGGAGCCUUCAACGAAGCCAAGCUGAUCACCUUCAGUAUGCUGGUCUUCUGCAGUGUCUGGAUCUCCUUCGUGCCAACCUACCUGAGCACCAAAGGGAAAUACAUGGUGGCUGUUCAGGUCUUCUCCAUUUUGUCCUCCAGUGCUGGUCUUUUGGGCUGCAUCUUCAUCCCCAAGUGCUACAUUAUUAUCUUAAGGCCUGAUUUGAAUACCAAAGAACAAAUAACAGGAAAAAAAUAA